AUGACAAACCCACCACUCCAGCACAAAACCUGGACAAAAGACGAAUACGAAAUCUCAAUGAAUCCAAACCUCAUCCCAGUCCAGACGCUAAAUACCUGGUUCGCCAGCAAAGAGGUCUACUGGGCAAAACCAAUGCCCGAAGAAGCCAUGCAAGCAACACUCCAAAACUCCCUCUGUUUCGGUCUCUACCACCGUUCCCCAAACAGCGCAGGUCUCGAAACCCGAGAAUUCAUCGGAAUCGCACGAUGCAUCACAGAUUCCACGACGUUCAUCUACCUCACCGACGUGUUCAUUCUGCCGUCUUACCAGGGUAGCGGACUUGGUAAGUGGCUGGUUGGUUGUGUCCAGGAGGUUAUUGAGGGUAUGCCGUAUCUGAGGAGGUCACUUCUCUUCACUGGGGAUUGGGAGCGCUCUGUGCCGUUUUACGAGAAGAUGAUGGGUGUUGAUGUUGUUGAGUGUCGCGUGCCUGGUGAUGGGGCGGAGGGCCUGGGGUUGGCUGUUAUGAUGAGAAAGUUUGGGGGACAUCCUGAUUUUGUGGAUGGUGAGGGGAAAUAG